UUAGGGAGGCACCCUAACUGCAAAUGACGCAAGGAAGCUAAAGUGGACAGUCUAGUCCUGUGUGUGUCAAUGGGACCAGGACUCAGGACCAUGGAGACCAGGUCCAGUACUACUUUCCUGUUGUCGGUGACAUGUUGAGUAUUUUUAGAUGUUGUUGUCAUGUUUCCGUAACAGCCCUCCGCGGCGGCGAUCAGUAUAAAGGACUGAGUCAAAAUGCAGUUGUACAACAGUGUCCUCACACACUACCCAAAGGCGUCUCGCAAACUUACAAUAACUUUAUCGACCGGGUCCGAGCGUCUGAACGGGACUAGUCCGCCUUCCUCUGGGCUUGACGCACCAGGACGCGCAGAUCCGGACUCGGCUUCGGCUCCGUCUUCCGCCAACAUGCCUGCCUUUUCUUGUUACGAAGCUUCAUCGAUGAGGCCAAUUUACUUCACUUCGACUGCAGAGAUAUUAAUCCGCAGGCCUGAUGGACUACAGAGGUCUGUGCCGGUUCAUAUCAUGAGGGAAUCCAAAGCCAAGACCCCCUCACCCACUUCUAUCCAACACAAUGGUGAGAGUUUCCUGUGCCGUGACUCUGAGUCUGAUGUGAUAGUGGAUUUCAUAGAUCAUCUGAGAAACGGGACAGAUCAGCUUUUCUCUGACUGCCCAGAUCUGCGUGGAAAUAAGCUUUUGAACAGGAAGCCCAUGUGCAGACCCAGAACAGAAGAAUAUAAGGGUACGGACUCGGAGGGUCAUUCAAGUGAGACUGAUGCAGUUUCAGUGACGAAUGCCCCCUUCAGAAGUAACGGAUGGGCCUCGUUACCUGAAGAGCAGCCAGAGCUAGAACCUGAAGAUCUGAGCAACCAGAGCAGUUCCACAGCAGCUCCAGCUCCAGCUCCAGCAUCAGAUGAGAGACGGGCCUUUGAGCUGAGCGUUCUGCAGGAAGCCGCCCCUCAGAAAAGCCCAGAGAGAGGAGACAUCAACGCCAAAGUCAAACGGUACCUGGCAGAAGUGGAGAAACAGAACAAGUACCUCCAGGAGAGGAGCAAGUACAGGUACCACAUCAUACCAGACGGGAACUGCCUGUACAGAGCUGUGUGUAAGGCCACGUACGGGGACCAGGCCAGGCACGAGGAGCUCCGGGAGCAGACGGUGCACCACAUCGCAGACCACUUGGAUGAGUUUAACCCCAUCAUCGAAGGAGACGUUGGGGAGUUCCUGAUCAACGCGGCGCAGGAUGGAGCCUGGGCCGGGUACCCUGAACUUCUCGCCAUGAGCCAGAUGCUGAACGUCAACAUCCACCUGACAACGGGGGGCAGCUUGGAGAGCCCCACCGUCUCCACCAUGGUGCACUAUCUCGGGGAGGAGGACUCUGCCAAACCUAACAUCUGGUUGAGCUGGCUCAGUAACGGUCACUACGACGCCCUCCUGGACAAGUGUCUUCCCAACCCGGAAUACGAGGACUGGUGCCGACACUCACAGAUGCAAAGGAAACGAGAUGAGGAAUUAGCCAAAUCCAUGGCAGCAUCACUGUCCAAAAUGUACAUUGAACAAAACGGUGCAGUGUGAAAUGAAAAGAUACACUCUGUUACAGCAGGAGGCAGAAGCGCUGUUUCAGUUUGAGUUGUAAAUGCUCUAAAUUAUUUUUAUAAGAUUUAUAAUGUGAGAGAAUGGACGUGCAGUGCACAUACUUUGGUUUUUGUACAUGUUAACAUGGCCAAAAUAGUGGCACAUGUCCCUGAAAGUGUUUGGAAAUGUGUGAGUGUUCUUCUCGAUAACUUGGAUCCUGUUGAUUUGGUUGAAAUAACUUCAUUGCUGUUCAUAUUAUAGCUUCUGAGUAAACAAUAUUUAUUAGCCUUUUAUCGGCAGACCAAUAAUUCUUCCAUUACGUCUAUGCUUUUUAGGCUAUUACAAUAUUUUCAGAUCCAGAAAAACUUUGCUGCAUUGCUGCUUUUUUUGCAUAAAAGUUAUACCAGAGAAGCCAAGAAUGUUUGGAUUGUGUCUGUGAAGAAGCAAGAAAUGUUUUCUAUUAUUCAAGUUAUUUUUAUGAAUUUUGGAUAAUGGUUUAAAAUAAAAGCGGUGAAAA